AUGCCAGAUCCAACAGAACCCCUUCGAGGCCCCGUUUAUGGUACUGGACCUGAUUACCGCGUCCACCAACCCACUUUCUAUUCUUAUAAGGCCAAGACCUAUGACACAGUUCAUCAUUACAACAAAGCUCACGAGCCUCUCAGAGUUCACACGUAUGAUAGCUAUCAUACAUACGACAAUAUACGGACGUACAACAAUAUACAGGAGUAUGAAGUGAAAGAAUACAAGCCGAACUUUUACAAAGCACCAAAGCCUCCUCGACGAGUCCUCACGCCAAUUCCAGCGGUAGAAAGAAGACCGAGGACUCCCGAUUAUCAAUGGGCCCAACUAUAUGUAUGUUACGAGGAGCCACUGGGACCACACAUUCCUAUUAAGGAUUAUGAAAAUCAUGAAUAUAGAGGACGGGAAUAUGAGCCCAUCGUAACGGAGUAUAAGCCUCCUAAAAUGGAUAGUUUAUCUAGACGACCUGCUCUUUAUCAGGGUAAUGUAGAAUAUAAAUUAACGAAAGAAAAUUACUAUCCAUUCAGAAAGAGGAAGGACAUUGAAAAGACAGUAAAACCAUUAAAAAAACCAAAACAAGAAUCCCCAACCCAAAAGGAAAAAUCUAUCGCAAGUUUGAAAGAAGUCAAUUUAAAAGAAGACAAAAAAGGAGAGGACUCAAAGAAGAGGGAAGAAACUAAGAUCAGUCCAGUUCAACAACAGAAAAGUCCGGAACCAACUCCAAAAGUAGUGCCAAUCCGAGAUGAUACACCUCCACAUCCCCUUCCUGUUGUUUUAGAUCAAAAAAGAGAGAAAACCCCAGAAAAAGAGAAAACAUUCAUAAACGAAGCAGAGAGAAGCGGAAUUGCAGUAGGUGCCUCUGUGUUGAUGGUUUCAGCGGCCACGGGGACAGAUGAUUUAAAACGUAAAAAGCGGUGCUCCAGAUGGACACAGACAACGCCUAUCUCUAGUCCUGAACCUUCAAUUCGUGAAAUGACUCCGGUUGAAAUAGUCCCUAAAACUGUCAUUGUUGGUGUUCCAAAUAAACGAGCCGAGACUCCGUUAAAACGAGUGACACCCGAACUGCCUCCACAACCACAACAGAAACCAGAACCUGAACAUAUUCAAAAUAGUCCACAAUCACCGCCAUACAAUGUUGUCGCACCUGCUGCUAUAGUUGUUGAUCACAAAAGGCGGAGAACGCCGACACCCCCAUCCAGAGGCCCACCGCGAAGGUCAUCAUCGCCUCGCGCUCGAAGCAGAACCCCUUCUCCUAAGAACAGAUCUCCAUCACCUAGGGGAUAUUAUAGAAAUUCACCUGGAAUUCUGCCUAUGGCGGGUUUUGCCGCAGGUGCUGUCGUCGGUGGAACAGUCGUAGCUCCGUUGAAAAAACGGACACCUACCCCAGAGCCACCCGUGCCAAGGACGAACCAAAAAACACCUAGUCCUAAACCAGACUCUACCGGGCCAGACAAUGUCCCUGCAGCUGCAGUAGUGGUGGGUGGAACUGUGAUAAAUGACAAUAAAUCAAUGCAUGAUGAUGUGAAAUCUCGCUCAUCAAGCUCGCCAGCUAAGAAAUCUCCGUCUCCAGUAACCAGAUCUCCUUCUCCCGCUAAAAAGUCCGCGGAUAUAGAUGUGGUACCUAUAAUUCCCCUCGCGGCGGCAUCUCCGAAUAAAGAACCGACACCCAACCCUACUCCGAAACCACAUAGGGAGAGGACACCGUCUACCAAUACACCUGGUGAUGACCACUUAAUUGCUCCUAUUGUACCAUUAGCAGUUUCAAAAGACGGUCAACCAAAUCAACCAUCUCCGGUAAAAUCCAAAACCCCUUCACCGUCUCCUUCAGUUUCUCUACAGUCUCUGGGCAGAGAAAGAACUCCCUCAUCUAGUCCUACUCCGUCUGAUGUCAUCCCUGUCGCAGCAGUGACAGCAGCGGCAGUGUUGCCGAAACAAGAAAAGGAAAACGUAACCGAAAAGCCAGUAUCAAAUCCUCAUGUUCCACCAGUCAGUCCAAAGAAAGAGGUGACUCCAGUGCCACCUGCUGUUUCAUCACCCACAGAGGAUGUGAAUGCAGAAAAUGACGGAACCUCAGCUGGAUCAUCUGCCUCACGACGAGGCCUGCCUCCGGAAGUAAUAGCUGCGUUAGAAGCAUAUGAUAGUGCGCAUAAAAACGGAUUUGAUAAACAGGUAGCGGAAAAUGAUCUAACUUUUGCUUUGUCAGCUUCUAGAUCUCGAAAUCUUCCACCUGAAGUUCUAGUCAGCAUAGAAGCAUAUGUAAAAAUGCGUAGACGCUAA